GCCCGUGAAUGAGAAGCGGGGAGAAGGCGCUGGCAGGGGAUGCAGCGGGACUGGGCUGGGGAUGCCUGGAGGGACCUCGGCGUGAGCUGCAGAUGAAGCUCUUCAGGCAGGCGCAGCUGGAGGGGGGGCAGGACCCGGACAAAAGGCAGCGUGGGCUGAACACGAAACCUCUUUAAUCCGACCCCUUUGCAGCGCUGUUCCCUGCGCUGCAGCAGCGACCGCAAUGCCCGGGGCUACGAUCGUCCCCACGAGCAUCUUCCCAGCAGGACCCAGGCUUGGGAAAGUUUAGGCUUGAAGGGCUUGCUAGGCUGGGGGCCCCUCCCGCAAGGUCCCCCCCCCCACUCAGGCAGGGCAAUGGAUCUGCCUGAAGGUGAGUUUUAGGCGGUGAUUUCGUAGUUUUCUCGGUCCCCCCCCCCCCCCGCUCCCUUUGUGCGGGGAGAAAGUUCCUUGUUUCAAAGGACAAAACUUGCUGCUGCUGCUGCUGCAGGGACGUGUCUCUGCCCCCUGCAGACGAGCCCGGGGACGCUUUGUUUUCUGGUCUGCUCCAGCAAGUGGGUGCCUCUGCCCCACAGACUCUGGGAAACAGGCUCGUCCUCGCCCACCCUGGCGGGUUACAAUGAGGGGACUAGGCUAGCCUGAUGGUUUCUCAGGGCCAUAGUGAUGGCUGAAGUUGGUCUCUGGGAGCCCGCUGCAGGCACAUACUCCCUUCCUAGAGUGAUGUGGAGCCAGUGAGUCAACCCCUGUGUGGGUCCUCUGCCUUUGCUGGGGCCUGUGCUGAGGCCAGCAGGAUGGGGAGCAGUGGCUCGGCACUGAAGGUCUGUACUGAUCACCGAGGAGGCAUCAACUGGCUCAGUCUGAGCCCAGACGGGCAGCACCUGCUGACGGGCAGUGAAGAUGGCACUGCACGUCUCUGGAGCACUUCAGAUAGCCAGUGCCAUGGCCACUUCCAAGGACAUGAAAGCUACAUCACCUUUUGCCACUUAGAAAAUGAGGUUGCAUUCACAUGUAGUGCAGAUCACACAAUUAGAAAGUGGGACGUGAUGACAGGCCAGUGUUUGGCCAUUUACCGAGGGCACACAUCAAUUGUCAACAGGAUCCUGGUUGCCAAAGACUAUCUAUUUAGCGGCUCCUAUGACAGGACAGCUCGGUGCUGGAGUGUGGAGAAGGAGAAACAAAUCCAGGAAUUCCGGGGCCAUCGGAACUGUGUUCUGACUUUGGCUCACUACUCCUCCAGGGAUGUUCUUGAUGAGUCGGAGGAGGAGCAGGAGAAACUGAACAGAGACUUCCUGGUGACAGGAAGCACUGACUGCACUGUUAAGGUCUGGUGGGUGUCGAGUGGGCGUUGCUACCAGACUCUGCUAGGGCACACUGGGGCUGUUUUAUGCCUUAUACUUGAUGCUCCAAACAGGGAGUUAUUUUCUGGCAGCACAGAUUAUACCAUCCGAACAUGGAAUAUUGUGACCGGCGAGCAGUUAAAAGUGUUCAAAGAGCAUCAAGGAUCGGUUAUCUGUCUAGAGCUGGUGAAUCGAUACUUGUAUUCGGGAAGUGCAGACAAGACGGUGAAGUGCUGGUUAGCAGACACUGGGGAGCAAGUCCAAACAUACAAGACUCACAAACACAGCGUUAGCACUUUGAAAUACCAUGCAGGAAUCUUGUUUACAGGAAGUGGUGAUGCCUGCGCUCGAGCUUUCAAUUCAAAGACAGGCGUCCUGCAGAGGAUCUUCCGAGGACACAAGUUCAUCAUCAACUGCAUUCAGAUUCACAAUGAAUUAUUGUACACAGCUUCCCACGAUGGCACGCUAAGGAUCUGGGACGUACAAGGAAUCUGCAAGCGAAACAAGCAUCGCCUGAAGAAGGAGCGGUCUGUCCCGGGCAAGAGCUCUCAGAAGGGAAGUCUGUCCCGUCUUUUCAAUAACAGAGUUGGCUGCACAGUGCAAGAGGAGAAUGGGGAACUUGAGGCUGUUGAACUAAUGUGAUUGCCUGGGACAAACUGUCUGUCAAAGAGGAAAAAACUGAGCCAUCUUCUGUGCCCUGGGGUGCAGAUAAGCCAAACCUUGGAAAGAGGUGGGAAAUUCCAUUGCCCAAAGUGUUCAAUCCAGAGUUCCCAUUCAUGUGAAUCAUGAAACUGCCUCUCUUCAGAAUAUUACUGAUGUCUCACAGCAUCUCAUAGUACAUUGUAAUGGAAAGGAAACUUGUGUGGAUGACUUACAGACCACGGGCAAUAUGGGGUCAGACGCCAUUGUGAAGAGCAGUCCAUGAAAUAUGCCUUCCCCUAUAUUUUUGUUUGUAAUUAUAAUUUGUAUUUAAGACUCCUCUUCCCAGUUCCUUCCCGUACAGUGGUAUUUCACCCCACUGCUGCCUCACACUGGUCCCUGACAGGAGGAGAGGCAGGAAUAAGUAAUAAGCCAAUAGGCUCCCUCCCCUUCUUAUUGCCUGUUACAACACACUGCGAUGGAGCAGAAUGUGCAAGCGAAAGCUGCCUUGCAGGAUGACUCUGAAUUGAAUUUUCUCAGCUCCCCUUGGGGUUAUAAUGUCCUUGCCUCUCACUGAUCCGAAUGACUUUAAUGUAGGAGAGUUUGGCUGAGGCACACAGAUGCCUGAAGUCUCUCUGGUGCUUGAGCUUAGAGCAACAGAGCAGAGAUUUAAAUGGGCUUUGAAAAAAACCCAACAAAUGACCAACCUGAACUUCAGGCCUGUUCCUCCCCAUACAGCGCGAGUGGGAGAGCAGGAUGGCAGUGAGUUCCCCUGGGGAGGUCGGGGGGGCAAGGGCUUUUCUUUGUUGUGGGCAUUGGAAAGCAGGACAACAGGCUUCAUGUAAGGAUGCUGGUUCUGAAGGAUGUGAUGGAGGAGGGUUGAGUGAAUUCACUGCCAAGGCCGCCCAGAGGAUUCAGGGGGCCUGGGGCAAAGCGGGGGAGCUGCAGUGCUUGUACUCACCCGGCGGCGGUCUGCGUCUCGUCGGCAUUUCGGCGGCAGG